CUGAGGAUGCAAAAUGUGACUGAGUUCAUCUUGUUGGGGUUGACCCAAAACAUGGAGCUGCAGAAAAUUUCAUUUGUUGUGUUUUUAAUUGUUUACCUGGUCACCUUUGUGGGCAACUCACUCAUCAUAAUCACCAUCAGGACCAGCAGGACCCUAGGGUCCCCUAUGUACUUCUUCCUGUCCUUUUUGUCCAUUAUAGAUAUUUGCUAUUCUUCAUCUAUGACUCCUAAGAUGCUGGCUGACUCCCUGUCUGUGAGGAAAACCAUCUCUUUUAGUGAGUGCAUGACUCAGGUCUUUGUUGAUCAUCUUUUUGGUGCUGCUGAAAUCAUUCUUCUCACAGUGAUGGCUUAUGAUCGCUAUGUGGCCAUUUGUAGACCCCUGCACUAUGCAAUCAUCAUGAACCGACAGGUGUGCAGCCUCCUUGUUGUAGUGGCUUGGGCUGGGGGCUUUGUUCAUGCUGCCAUUCAGAUUUUCUUUACAAUCUGGCUGCCCUUCUGUGGCCCCAAUGUCAUAGAUCAUUUUAUGUGUGACUUGAACCCUUUGUUGAAACUCGUCUGCAUCGACACCCACAUUCUUGGUCUCUUUGUCGCUGCCAACAGUGGCUUCAUUUGCCUGUUGAACUUCCUCCUCCUAAUAGUCUCUUAUGUGAUCAUACUGUACAAUUUGAAGUCUCACAGCUUGGAGAGCAAGAAUAAAGCCCUGUCCACCUGUGCCUCGCACAUCACUGUCGUCAUCUUAUUUUUCAUACCCUGCAUAUUUGUGUACUUGCGCCCAGUGGGCACUUUCUCCAUUGAUAAAGCUGUGGCUGUGUUUUAUACCAUGAUAACACCUAUGUUAAACCCUCUUAUCUACACUCUUAGAAAUGCAGAGAUGAAAAAUGCUAUGAAAAAACUCUGGACAAAAAUUAGACAUUCAUCUGUUGUGUCUGGUUUAUUUCACUCAUGA